AUGAUGAGCGCGAGUGUCUCGGCGGCCAUCCCCGCCAAACGGGAUGAUAAUACUAUGAUAAAUGCCUCCACUGUUCUUCUUUAUCCUUUUAAAUCGAUGAGCCUUGGGUGGUGGGAUAGUUUCCUUUCCACUGUCGCCCCCCUCAAUCGCGUUUCCGUCCUUGUGCAUGUUAUGCGGUGUAUGAUGACGUACGCAGUGCUGCAUGAGGACCCUUUUUUAGAAGAGGCGAUCAUUCACAUGGGGAAGGGCCUUCCGCAGGCAUGGCCGCCGCCGAGUGCGCAGGAAGAUAGCAAUUUUAUUCCCGCCUUUGAGGCCGGCUAUCACAUCUUUCAAACGAUUUGCGUGAUUUCAAAGUUUCGAACUCUCGAUCGGAAGGCGAAGUACGGGCUUUUAUCCAUGGCGGAGCAGCGAAUUCAGAUGAUUGUGAAAGGCACGCAAAAUCAGGAGGACAAGAUGAGCUUUUGGGCCGCCGCGCAGGUCGCCGCGGAUCGGAUUCAGACGCUUCAACGCGAGCUCGACUCCCCCGUCGCGUGGAAUAAAUUAAUGCACGCGAUGAAGGUUCUUUUUUUCUCGGUGAACAUCCGAAACGGAAAGCUCCCGAGUCUCGACCCGGAGGUGAAUCCUUUGGACAAUUUCGCGUGUUAUGAGGGCUGUCCGUGCUAUGGAAAGCUGCGCAACACCUACACCCUUUUUGUUCGCGGCAUGGAGAAGAUCAAAAUCAUCGAUUGCGCGAUGAUCGCCGCCGUCAAGGACGACGACGUCCUACUGCGUGAGGUGGUCACGGAGUUGCUUUAUCGCUAUCGUGAUCACAUCACGGAAAACCCCCCCGCGAAUGAUGUCAUUCGGCAGAUCCAAAAUGGGACCUUUUUUUAUUGCCGACUCGCCCUCUUUCACGCCUUGAGUUAUCUUCAAGAUCUCUCCGAGCUGCAUAGCGAUUCGGUGACCGCGGUGAAGGAGUUCACCUGCUACCUUCACCGGUUUAUUCUUUCCAUGCAUUGGGUGAAGAAUGAGGUGCGGCGAAUCAAGGGGGUCAAGGAUCUCGUCCCGAUGCUGAACCGCGCGAUUACCACCGCGGAUAAUACCUUUUGCCGGGUCAGCGAGAACGGCUUUAAACACGUCCUGCACACCCUCAAAGGCUACACGAACGCCUGCUUUGUGACCCUGGCGGCCUCGAAAUAUCAUUUCGCCGUGCAUUCGCGGGAUAUUUUCGUGGGAAGGUCGGAGGAUAUGCGAUGCGCGAACCCAGGAUGCCCGCGGACGGCGCGGAAUCUUCUCAAAUGCAGUGGCUGCGAUGUCACCUAUUACUGCUCGGCGGACUGCCAAAAGGCGGAUUGGGAGAAGCAUAAAGGUUUUUGCCAUGAAAUCGAAUCCCGACGGGGGAAGCCGGAGCCGAUGGAGCACGUCAUCAGCGAAAUGCACUGUAUUAAACCUAAAGUUUAA